AUGUUCAAGAAGUUUUCUAAAGAGGAUAUACAUACUCGUACUAAGGUGAAAUCAUCUGUUCAACGGUCUUUGAAGACAAAGUUAGUUGAACAAUUCCCCAAAUUAGAACCGGUAAUUGACGAAUUAAUCCCAAAGAAGGCCGAGCUACAAGUUAUCAAAUGUUCCGGUAAAAUUCAACUAUAUACAGUUGGUGAUGAGGUUUAUUUCUUUCAAAACUUUGACGAGUUGAUUCCGACUUUAAAAUUUGUUCAUAAAUUCCCUGAAGCAUUUCCUACAGUACAGGUUGACAGAGGUGCCAUUAAGUUUGUAUUGUCUGGAGCUAAUAUUAUGUGUCCAGGGCUAACUUCGGCCGGUGCUAAACUUCCAGAGGAUCCAGGAUAUGAAAAAGAUGCAUUAGUUAUUGUAAAUGCUGAAAACAAAGAGAACGCGCUUGCCGUUGGUAGAUUACUUAUGAGCACUAAUGAAAUAAAGUCCAUCAACAAGGGGCAUGGGGUUGAAAUGAUCCAUCAUUUGGGCGACUGUUUAUGGAAUUUUAACUUAGAUUAG